AUGAAUACUGUGAACGCAAGCUCGGGUUACUCGCCAUUUCAGUUGCAUCUUGGCCGUGUGCCACGCAUGUUACCACCUCUCAUCGACUGCUCGCCUACAAAAGAAGAGCCAGAAGACGUUCAUGCGCUAUCGUUGCUCAAACGGCUGGAGAUGGACGUGAUGAACGCACAAGACAACCUCUUGGCCGCAAAGGCGGCCCAAGCGACCAGCGUGAACAAGAGUCACAGUCCAGAACUAAGCUUGAAGAUCAGUGAUAAGGUCCUGCUCGCGACAAAACACAGGAGAAGGGAAUACAUCCAGAAAAACGACAAGCACAUCACAAAA